AUGCCCAAUAAUAAGCUGGCUCAAAGUACAACCUCCACAACCCUUCAAGAAAGCAGAAUUCCGGCCAGUCCACGUGGGAUCCGAGUCGAUCACCUGGCUGUGACUACCUACGCCAUUUACAUUCAUAACCCAAUUGCCAUCAACAUUUUCCGAAAUUCAUCAACAACCAAGUCAUGUCGACAACACGACUUACCUUCCUCUACCCCCAUCUAUUUCGCUCGAUUCGAAUUACGGAACCCGUUACGCAGAGAGUUAGCAUACAAGCCAAAAUUCCGCGUCCCCAAUGCGUGGAUUCAAGGAACUUUACAACAACGCGGCAAAGGAGGGGAAGAAGCAGAGGAGGCAGAGGGAUUGGGGAGCCCUACUGCUAAGGAGGCCCAACAGGAUGCUGAAAAGACAGCAGAUACCAGACCCGACACAGGGGAGAAUGAUGUAGAGAAAUCCCAACCGGCCGCUUCAUCCUGGGCGCCAUUAUCAGAGGAGACCCAGGCCGCUGCGAUAAUACCUGGCGAUGAGAAUAGUCCCAUACAACCAGUCGAGCCGACACGAAAGCACGACGAGGCAGCAGGGCGCCAACAGCCCGAUGGUAAAGCGGGUGAUGGAAAGCCAGCUCUCGAAACCGUUCUGCAAAUGCCACCACCUGAGACUCCGGAGGAGGAAAAUGCUUCGAAACCGCCGCAUCUGCAAACUCCGCCCUAUGUUCACCACUUCGAUACCUACACCUUGGUGAAACAAGUCGAAAAGGGGGGGUUUAUGACGGAGCAGAGUAUUACCGCCAUGAAAGCUGUUAGAGGGCUGCUGGAUUUGAAUUUAGGGGUUGCGAAGGCUGGCCUGGUUAGCAAGAGCGAUGUUGAGAAUGAGACCUACCUCUUCCGGGCAGCAUGCUCCGAAUUGAGAACGGAGAUCGCAAAUGCUCGAAGAGCCAACGAUGAGGCUAUGCGUAGAGAUAGGACGCUUCUUCAGCAUGAAGUGGAUAUUCUUAACCAAAAGCUAUCGCAGGAGCUUUUGACUCUAAAAGAUGACCUGAAGGGCAUGUUCGAUGACCGGAAAAUGGCCGUUCGGCAGGAACAGCGAACUAUGGAGAGUGCUAUCCAAGGAUUAAAUAACAGGAUCACGGUCUCAUUGAAUAGCGAUAGUAAAUCGGAGAUCGAAGGGCUUCGAUGGGUUUUAACGAGACGAUCCGUCAUGGGUAUUUUGUUUAUGGCCUUCAUGGUUUUGACAUCGCUGCGGUAUGCGAGCUACAAGUCGCAUGAAGAUGAACUGAAGAAAAAGAGGGAAGCAGAAGCGAAGGAAGAGGUGUCGUUCAAAGACCUGCCCGCGCAAGAAGCAGCGGGGAUACUGGCUGCUAACUAG